CGCCUCGCCCGAUUAUGUCACCCGUGCUCAAAACAAAGUUAGGAAAGUGCUUUCAGCCUUUCCGCGGUCUCGCUUCCAGCGCGGGGAGCGCCGGCCGGGCCAGCCCGAGGGGCCGGCGCCUGCGGCAGGUUUCAGAUCAGAAUUUAUAGGUAAAUGGGAUAGCAGCAUCCCAGGAUAUUCCUGAGCUGAGAUUGUAACCAUGGAAAGAAUAAAAGGAGACCACACCAGUCCUGUGCAACCAGAAGAUGCAGAGAGGAGCAGGACUGGAGAACAAGACCCAGAACUAACUGUACUGGGAAAAGCCCAAGAGUUCUUUCAGAUUUGUGAUCUGGAAGACAAAGGCUUCGUCACUCGUCAAGACAUGCAGAGACUGCAUCCUGAGUUACCUCUUAGUCUGGAAGAACUUGAAAAAGUUUUUGUUACAUUGGAUGCUGAUGGCAACGGCUCACUUACCCCAAAGGAGUUUAUCACAGGAUUCAGCCAAUUUCUUUUGGAGCAGAUUGCUUUGAAAAAUGACAUGGUGCAGCCAUCAAAAGGUGAAACACCCUGCCCAGUUAGAUAUGAAGAGACCAUGACUGGUGAAGAGGAUGAAGAAUUCCAGUUCUCAAAUCUCAUGGAUCGGCUUGGAGCUGCAAAGGUUUUGGAUGAUGAGACUGAUGUGAAGCAACUUUGGUUGCAGCUAAGAAAAGAAGAACCUCAUUUACUUUCCAAUUUUGAAGAGUUCCUGGUCAGAAUUUUUUCCCAGCUCCAAGAAGCAGAUAAUGAGAAGAAUGAGUUGGAAAGUGCUCUAAAAAAGAAAAUUGCUGCUUAUGAUGAAGAAAUUCAACAUCUCUAUGAGGAAAUGGAACAGCAAAUCAAAAAGGAGAAAGAGCAGUUUCUCUUGAAAGACACAGAGAGGUUUCAGUCCCACUGUCAAGAGCUGGAGCGCAAGCUGCUGUCAAAAGAACAAGAACUGGAACAGUUGGUUCAAAAACAGAAAAGGUUAGAGCAUCAGUGUACACAACUCCUCAGUGGCAAAGAAGAAACCAAAGUAGAGAACACCAAACUGAAGCUGACUAACCAGGAGCUGCUGAGAGACCUGGAGAGAACAUCCCAUGAGCUAAGCCUGGCUCAACAGCAGCUGCAGGUGCUUCAGGAGGAGGCAUCAAGGCUCCAUGAGGAGAAGGAAAUGGAAGUGUACCUAGUGACAGAAACCUUACAGAGAGAGAAGUCAGGACUUUUGAAGCAGCUGGAUUUUUUAAGAGAGAGGAACAAACAUCUCAAGGAUGAACGUGACAUAUUUUUGCAGAAAUGCAAAACAACUGUUCCAAAAGCCAGCUGGAAGCAGAGAUCAGGGUCUAUCAUUGGGAAAUACUUAGAGGGCAAGAUGCUGCCAAACAGCCAUUCAUUUGAAGAAGAUGAUAUUUUCAGUAACUCAAAGAGAAGGAAUUCUGGUGGACUGAAUGGAGUUCUCUCUGAAGAGCCUGAUGCUGGAGUCACUGGAGGAAUGCCUAAAACAUCACAUCUCCAAAGAAUAAUAUCAAUUGAAGAAGAUCACCUACCCCAGCUUCUUGACAGGCUGGUUGAUAAGCAGCUGAGCAGAUGGACUGGAGAAGAUGAAAAUACUUUUGAUACAGAAAUGAAUAACAAAUCCAGAGAACAAUCAAUGGAACACUCAUCAUCAUCAUCAUCAUCUUCUAGAGAGCAGCCUGUAGGGAAGGAAACACUGUCAAAUGAGGAGAAAAUAAACUCUGUCCCAGAGCGAUUAUUCAAGAUUGUUUUUGUGGGCAAUUCGAGUGUUGGAAAGACUUCAUUCUUAAGAAGAUUUUGUGAAGAUCGUUUUUUCCCAGACACUGCUGCUACUGUAGGUGUGGAUUACAACGUGAGAACUGUCACAGUGGAUCGCACCCAGGUAGCGCUGCAGCUCUGGGACACAGCUGGCCAGGAACGGUACCGAAGCAUUACCAAGCAGUUUUUCAGAAAAGCUGAUGGGGUCAUUGUGAUGUAUGACAUAACAGCAAAAGACACAUUCACAGCUGUCAAGCAGUGGCUGAUAAGCAUUGAGGAGGCAACUGGAGAGAACGUGCCUGUUCUUUUAUUGGGUAACAAAACCGAUAACGAAAAGGAGCGUGAGGUCCCGAUGGGAAUAGGAGACCAUCUUGCAAAGGAUUAUAAUUUAAUUUUCUAUGAAUGCAGUGCUUAUUCUGGGUACAAUGUGGAAAAAUCUGUGCUCCACUUAGCUAGGAUUUUAAAAGAACAUGAAGAUAAAGUGAAAGAGAAAACCAUCGAACUUCAAUCUGAUACAAACAAAAAGUCAUGCUGUAUGAGGCAAUAAAAUGCUGAGGCAUGUUUAGACAAGUCAUACAUUUAUAAAACACUACCUGGCACUAUCAGAUUUGCUUUUAUACUCCAAAUAUUUCUUCUGCUGUGUUCUGACUGUAGGUGCAAGUGAAAGUGAAAAUCUUUAUAUGAUCUGAUCUUGCUUUUAUAAAUAUUGUCUUUAGUUAAUUGAGAGUGUAUUUGGGACAGUAACAGUCUUUUAUUCUGUUUGAUGCCAAACACCACUGAAUCCUGCUUUGUCACCAGGCUUGUAGAAAGUGCCACAUUAUUAAUAUGAAGGAACAAUUUUAUGGGAAGAAAACUCUUUUGAAUAUGAAGUAAAUUCCUACUUGUAUGAAUAACCCAUCGUAUGAAUACUGCUUAUUUCAUUUUUGUUCAGAUCCUUAGAUCCUCAUUUUUGGGCUAAGCUCCCUUUACAGUUUUAAAAAAUUGCCAUAGGUGUAGUUGUUUGUAGUUUAAAACAUGUUAAGGCUGACUGAACAGCUCUUUGUCUCCAAAAGUCUGUCAUAGGAGGUGUCAUAGAAAAUUUUGGAGGUAGAAUUUUCAGAAACAGCAGAUCUUAUUUUGAGGAAGAUUUUGAAAAACUUACCAGCAUUUAAUGAAUGAAAAAUCACACCAAAAUUCAGUGAGAUAUUGCUCUUUUAGCAAUGCUAAGAAAAAAUUCCUCCUCAUGUAGCUAAACACAUGACUGCUUUUUCAAAAGCAGCUGCCACACAACAUUCCUCCAGGGCCUGAUAGCACUGAGACACAGUUUACCCAUGGGAUGCAUUUUAGAAAAUCAUGGCCCACCCUGGACCAUAAGAAACACAGAUGUCAAUUAUCUUUGGAAGCUUUUGUGGAGU